CGGUUUGUGAUUUCGCUGGCCACGUCUCACUCCUCGCACCAUGGGGGCGACUGCAAGGAUGGCAUGCUGCUGGCUGCUGUCCGUGACCAUCGCUACAGUGUCGGCAUCGUUUGGGCGAGAUGUUAUGAGCGCUAGAGUGGAGAGCUGCACUGGAUGACGUUUGAAUAGACUGCCAGAGGUCAAGAGGUUCAUCAACCGAGAUCUCCCUCUGUUUCACAAUGUUGCCUUCAAAGCAGUUCCUGGUGCACCACCUGAGCUGCUGCUAUUAGAUGGUGAUGGGAGAGAGAUAGAGCGAAUAGACUUGGCCAUAUACAAUCAGCAAGAAAUAAAUGAUCUUCUUAUAAAAAAAGGUUUUUUCCGCAAAGAUGAUGCCAGCAGCACAAUACCAAAGGAAUAUUUAACAGGUCCCUACAAGGAACUCAAGGAGGACUUAUAAACUUAUCUCAUUCCAUACAAGAAUAAAGAUGCCAUUUCAUGCCAUGUUCUUUACCCCAGUUUUAAGCUGUUUACUUUCAAUUUUAAAGCAAGAAGCAAUAUAUAUUGACUCCUUAAUUAUAGUUACACAAGGUUUCUUUUUUCCUUGAUCCACUUUUUUACCGACAAUUGCGUUUAUUGAAAAGUGAGACAUGCUGAACAGUUUCAAACAAUUUACCCUCUUCAUUAAUCUUUAAAACUUUCAAAAGAACUGUAUGUCAGUAAGUUUUGGACAGGUGACUUUAUCUUUGUUGAUGCCAUGAAAUAGCCUCAGUUGCUGACAUGGCGUAAAACUCCAACUAACUUACCUUUGUUGAGAGGCUUAAAUUUCAUUUCUUGAUGAAGCCAGCAUGCAUUUCAAACAUGCCAAAUCAACCAAGAAAAUUGCUGAUCAAGGUAUUUUAAAGUCUUUUUAUAUUUCAAAACAAGGUCAUGCUUCAGAACAUUUUUCAGAGGUGGCUUACUUAUGAGCAGUAUAAAUAUUUUCCUUUCUACGAAAAAUCAUCUUACCUUCAUUAUUUUAUUGACAAUUGUGAAAAGCUUCAAGUGCUGCACAAAGUACAAAGCUUUGAAAGAGUGGAUCAGAAACAGGCAUGCAUAGUGUUUUGAGAAACAUGCAUUGGAGAAAUGGGAGGUUUGUGGUGCCAUUGCAUUGGCUCUUUAUUGCAAGUGAACAGACACAUGAUCCAUAACAGGGGCUCUUCAUGAGCUUGUUCACUCAACCCCAUGGCAGCAAUAUGUGUCAGGGCUUUUUGUCCAUAAAGCAGAUUUAAUCACUACUUUUCACGAAAUUUCUAUUUACAGGUGACAGAGCAGGUAUUGUGUAUUUUUCUCUCUGAUCAGUUAAAAUUAUCCUGAGGGAUCUGAUUUUUAAUGAUGUGAAGUGCAAUAUGACAUAAAUUAUUCAUGUGUAGUGCUUGUCCUUUUCAGAUUUUUAAAAUGACUUACAGAGUAUUUGAAAAUAAUCAUAUUUAAUACUUCCUCACAUGGCAGAGGUACAAGAUUCUUCCCCAUCCAUCACCCACUCCAUUUAAUUGAAACUAUGCACAUGAAAUAUAAACGUACAGUGCCUCAACAACAUACAGGGUAGCCUCAGAGUCCCAUUAUCUGUGUGAAACUUGCUGAUGUAAAUCAUUUGGUAUAUUAAGCUAUCUAAUAACAAUUCCAAAGAAUGGAGGCUUCAACACAGCAGUUAAAAGGAAAAUUUUGUCCUCAUUGAUUACAUCAAAGAAAUUUCACUGCUAAUAUAUAUAUAAGUUAGUAGCAGGAUUCAGUGAGUCACGUAACAGUAAUUUAUAUACAUAUCGCUGCAUAUUUUUUAUUUCUUACAGUCCUUGUAUUAAUCAUAAUGCACUAUCCAUAUUUUCCAAUUUCAGCUGCUAUUUUUUGUUUGCUGCCACACACAUGAUGUAGUGUGUUUACUACAGCUGUCAUAAAUUGUCACCCUCCUCAAUCUCAAAAUUGCAUUUGUACAUUUUUUUAAAAAGUUUUUCUUAUCUGUGAAGUCUUUUAAGUGUGAGUAUUUGACAUCAGUUGUCAGAUUAGCUGUUGUUAUGGAGUGUAAACACUUUGGAAAAAUGGCUUGGGUUUUUGGUCAGUUCUACAAGUUUACAUAAGAAAAAACUCUGAUAUGCAGCAUCGUUUUAUCAUCUGCCACUUUUAGCGGCCCAAUUCCAGUGUAAAUGGCAGCAUAUUUGUAUUUAUGUGAAGUGCAGGUAUAUGUCUUUGAGCUUGAGCACAUGCCUGAAAAACUGCAUUUUAUGCAAAGGUCUGAUAUUUUUUUUUUGCUUAAAAGUUUGUCAGCACCUACUGGACAAACAUAAUGUUUAAAACAGAGGCCGGUUGAUGUUUUAGUAACUGCAUUUUUGAAAGCUGUGACAUCUAUUGUACGAGAGGGUAAUGAGCUUUACUUCAUGCAAUUCAUUUUUUUUUCUGUGGGUAAAGGAUAGUCAAAUCUGCAGAUACACAUUUGGUUGGCCUAACUGUAUGAGGCUUGUCAUCAAAAUUUUGCGAUGGCAGGCUGAAGAAAAUUGUCAGGCCCCCAAAUGUGUCUCGGCUUAUUGUCAUCAAUAUUCUGUAAAAAUAAACUUUUUAAAAACUU